GAAAUAUAUAUAAUUACAGCGGUAGAUUUUAACAGUUUUCUACAGUUAAUGGCUACAAAAAUGAAAGACCAAGAAACCGAGGACGAUCUACUGGAAGCCUUCCGGGUAUUUGACAAGGAAGGCCAAGGUAACAUAAGUUCGGCAGAGUUACGUCAUGUCAUGACAAACAUGGGAGAAAAAUUAACAGACGAGGAGGUAGAUGAGAUGAUUCGAGAAGCAGACAGUGAUAACAGUGGUAUGGUUAGUUAUAGCGACUUUGUGAAAACCAUGUUCAGCAAAUAAGCAGUGCGUUUAGAAUUACACCUCAUUUUACAUCAUUGCUUACAGGUAAAUUAAUUUAUAAAAUAAAAUUAAAGCACUCAAAUAUAUCGUGACACCAUGGUC